AUGGAAGAAAAAAAGGACCAGACGGUCGUCACCGAGUCAUCACAACCACCUCCCGCCUAUGAAAACGUUGAAGUCCCUGACGAAAAUGUUUACACCGCACCUACCGAAGAAGAUUGGGAAACGCUUCCUGAAGUGGCAGACACCCUCCCUAAAGCUGCCUACCUCGUCAUUUUAAUCGAAUUUUGUGAACGUUUUACCUACUAUGGCCUCAGUGGUCCUUUCCAAAAUUAUAUCCAACAUCCUGAUCCCGGUCACUAUCCUGCUCAACAGCCCGGUGCUAUGGGCCGCGGUCAGCAAACAGCUACUGCUUUGACUACCUUCUUCCAGUUCUGGUGUUACAUCACUCCUGUCAUCGGUGCUAUCAUUGCCGAUCAAUACCUCGGAAAAUACCGCACUAUUGUCCUUUUCGCCAGUAUUUAUAUGCUGGGUUUGGUCAUUUUGACCGCCACCGCAAGUCCCGCCGGUAUUGCUGGCGGCGCCGCAUUCCCUGGUUUCAUUGUUGCCAUCAUCAUUAUUGGUCUUGGUACCGGUGGUAUCAAAUCUAAUGUCGCCCCUCUUGUCGCCGAACAAUACCGCAGCCGUGCUCCUUAUGUCCGCACAGAGAAGAACGGUAAACGUGUCAUUGUUUCUCCUCAAGCCACCUACCAAAAGAUUUUCAGUAUGUUCUACUGGGGUAUCAAUAUUGGUUCGCUUUCCGCCAUUGCCACCACUGAAUUGGAAAAGAACGUCGGUUUCUGGCCCGCCUAUUUACUGCCUACUUGUAUGUUCGUCCCGUGUAUGGCCGUGGUUCUGCUCGGUCGCCGUCACUACGUGCAGAAUCCUCCUCGUGGUUCCGUUUUUGUUGAAGCUGGUAGAUUGUUCUUCUUCAGCUGGAAGAUCAAGGGCGGUAUGGAGGCCUGCAAGCCCUCCAACAUUGAACGUGAACAUCCCGAAUUACUGAGCAAGGUCACCUGGGACGAUAUCUUUGUUGACGAACUCAAGCGUACUCUCAAGGCGUGUACCGUGUUCUGCUGGUACCCUAUUUACUGGAUCUGUUACUCUCAGAUCACCAACAAUUUGAUCUCCCAAGCUGCUACUAUGAUGACUGGCAAUGUCCCCAACGAUAUUAUGCAAAAUAUCGAUCCUUUGGCAUUGAUCAUCUUGAUUCCUAUCAUGGAUCGUAUUGUCUAUCCUCUGUUGCGUCGUUAUGGUUUCCGCAUGCGUCCUAUUCUUCGUAUCUCUCUUGGUUUUGUCUUUGCCUCUGCUGCCAUGGCUUAUACCGCUGGUAUCCAGUCCAGAAUUUACAAAACUCCUCCAUACUACGACCAUCCCAAUGGCAGAGAAAACUGGAUCUCGGCCGCUUACCAGAUUCCCUCUUAUGUAUUUGUGGCCAUGUCCGAAAUUUUCGCUUCCAUUACUGGUAACGAAUACGCUUACAAGAAGGCUCCUCAGACCAUGAAAUCCAUCGUUAUGGCCCUCUUCCUGUUAACCAACUGUGUUGCUUCGCUUAUCGGUUUCGCCUUGGUUUCCGUUGCCAAAGAUCCCAAACUCGAAUGGAUGUUUACCGGUCUGGCCGGUGCUGCUAUCGUUGCCGCUAUUCUUUUCUAUAUCAUUUUCCACAAGAACGACGAUGUCGACGUUGCCGAAGAUGCUAUUAUUCGUGAUGAUAAGCAAAUGGAAGAAUAUCAGAAGCACGAUCAAGCAGUCGUGGAUUAUGAAGCCGAAAAGGGUCCCGCUUAA